AAAAAGAUCAGACAUGUUUAGAAUCUUGUGGUAGCCGGACCUGCGUCGAAGUUCGCUGGGUUAUCCAUAGAAUUGCAUCGCUCGGUCGUUUCCUUCAGUUAGUUAAGUGGUCGUUUUCGUCAUAAGGAUGAACACAGAGAAGCUCACUAUCGAUAGCGAUGGUUAUUUCAACCAUCGUCGCGGACACGAACAGGGUCACGUCGCGCUGACCUCGCUGGUGCAACUUCUGACGGCCUGCAUGUCUGUGAUCAUCAUUGCCCUUGUGAUCCAAGAAGGGGCUCGCUUGAGAGAGCGGGUGGCUGUCCAGGGUCGGGAGAUUGAGGAGUUUUCUAACUACCAGGAGAAGAUCUCCGGCUUGGAGAAGGAAGUGGCGGUCUUAAAAGCACAGCAAGAGGUCAACAAGGAAACGCCGGAGGCUAAGCGAGCGGGAGGCGACAUUAACAUGCAGUCGGAACCUGGCAAAACCAGCAGUGCCUCUGUUGUCGACGUCCCCUGGCAAACUGGGCCAGCACACAGCCGGGAAAAGAGAGCUGCGAACUCUGUGACGUGGCCAGCAGGGGCAGGCGCCUGCUUGCAGGGUCCGCCAGGGAGAGACGGGAUGCCAGGCCGUGACGGGAUGCCAGGACGGGACUGUCCCUGUGGAGCAAAAGAUGCAGAGAUAAAUGAACUGCAGAACAAGUGUCUCGUUCUUGAGCAGAGGCUGUCAGCUCUGGAGAAUAACACCGAGAUCGAGACCACACCAAUACCUUGCUCAGGAGAUUCUUGUAAUCCACCGUCCAGCUGCACUGAAGUAGUAGAGAGAAGUGGAUUCAUAAUCAGGCAUUCUACGUCAUCGACCCUGAUGGACCAGAACGGGGAGUCCUGCCGAUGGUUGCUCAGUGUGAUGUUCAGGGAGGAACAGCAAUUACCCUGAUCGGCCACAACAGUGAGGCACGGACACAUGUGAGAGUACGAGGGCCCACGGAGGUAGGUAGCUACUCCAAGGAUGUGACAUACUGGAAUAGCAUGGAACAAGUGAGAGCUGUGGUGGACAAGUCCACUCUGUGCAAACAGCACAUCAAGUACGAAUGCCAUGCUUCCGUGAUGCUGCUUAGAAGUAGCACACCCUACGCCUGGUGGGUGACUUGGGAUGGUCGCCAGGCUGACUGCUGGGGAGGUGCCAGUCCUGGGAGUGGGGGAUGUGCCUGUGGACAAUCAGGCUCUUGCGCUGGAUCCGCAGGUACAUGCAACUGUGAUGCCAAUGACUACACAUGGCGUGAGGAUUCUGGGUUCCUGUCCCACAAAGAUGACCUGCCAGUCACUCAGCUCAGGUUUGGGGAUACUAAUGAGGGUAGUGAAGAAGGUUAUUACACCCUGGGGAAACUCAUCUGCUACCCCUGAGUCUAGCUGUCAAUACAGCAGUGUUCUUAGCAUGUGUGCAGUACAGAAGUUGAAUAAAUCAAUUCAUUUCUUUCUAUUUUUAACUAACAUAGUAUACUUUACAAAACCAAACCAUCAUGGCAGGCGUCAUUCUAUCAGUAAGUGAUGUUAGGCUUGAGGUGUCAAGGGUUUUUGUAAGGUAUGCCGCAGGCAGAAGAUGUAGCACAUUCUAUCGUUUUUAAGAUUUGACUAUGAUUAUUGUACUGUUUAAGUAAUUUUGAUGCCUAGAACCUAGUUCAUUAGGCAACAAUAUACCAGGAUGAAUAUUGACUAGAAUAGAAGAUAUUUUAAUGCAGUCAGUUUUGUGUACCUUAACAUUGUGUAACUUAAUCUGAAACUUUUAAUCGCCAUCUAUUCAUCUGUACUAUGAGUACAACCAAACCAGAAGAUAGCAGAAAUGCUUGUGACAUGUACAAUCAAAUGUCUAAAUAGGACCCAUGCUUAAUACCGAAGAUGUGCUGUAAGAUAAGUUUCUGUUGGUGAUGUAGGAUGUUCAUUCUUCAGCUCUGCUUCAAAUUCAAUAUGAAUGCCAAGCUGGUGGUAAAGAAAUGUGGUUUGAACUGCUUUGGUGAAUAAAAUUUGAUAAUGUCUGUAACA